AAAUAACCCAAUCAUAAUACCUCCUUAGCCAACACUUUUUGUUUGCCAAUAUUUUCUUUCAUUUUCUUGCAAAGACAGAGACCAUGGAAUACCCUCUCGGUUCUAUAUUCAGUUAUCAAGAAAGUUCUGAUCAAUUGAGGCUGAAGCUCAUAGACACAAUUGCUGAACUUGAAAACACAAGGAAUGUGAAGGAUGAAUUGCUCAACAUGCUUGAAAUAGCUUAUAAAGAAAGAGACCAAGCUAGAGAACAACUUCAAAUUCUGGUGAAGAAAUUGGCCUCUUCUAACUCAAACAUGUUUUAUGAAGUCCAACAAAACAACAACAACAACAACGUUGUAAUGUUUCAAUCUACCAAAGCAAAGUCAAGUAUUACAGAAUCUAAUAGUCCAUCACACGUGUCAUCUCCUGUUGAUUCCUUUAUUGAAGCUGUCUCUUCUCCUGAAUUUUCAAAUGUUGGUGUUGAUUCACAUAACAAAUAUUUUUUCAACCAAACUUUGGUUCAUGACGAGGUUGAUGUUGCAAGUAGGGUGGUUGAUUCUCUUGCAAGAGGAAAAGUGUUACCACAAAAAGGUAAACUUCUUGAUGCUGUAAUUAAUGCUGGUCCAUUGCUUCAAAAUCUUGUUCUUUCCGGGCCACUUCCUACUUGGAAAAAUCCACCUCCUUUGAGUUCUAUAAAAAUUCCACCUUUUUCUGUUGAAGAAGACAUUGAUGAGCUCAACUUAUUUCAGAAUUCAACACAUCCAUCGUUUCACUCUUCUGGAUCAUUGCCAAUUCGGAAUGCUGCUGAUGUCACACCUAGCUCUUGCAACAAUGCAUGGCAGUUUACUUCAAGUUCUAGUCUUAAGAAACAAAAGCAUCAAUGUUUUUGAUUAAAUGGAGUUACAAAUGUUGCACUGACACUUCAAUUGAAGAUGUUUCUGUGUUGUGUCUGACACGACAUUGACACGUUUUUUUUUUUUUGUUGAUAAGCUUUGACAUUUUUUUAAUGAUACAUGUUUUAGUAUGUUAAAUGUUAUGUUAAUUUUAUCUUUUUCAAGACUUGAACCCUAAAUUUUUAACUCCCCAACUCCUUUAAUUGCUUAGUUCAAACCAGUUGAACUACCAAACCCCCCUAUAAGCUAACAUUGACACGGAUGAUUACAUUCAAUUAGUUAAAAAUUUUCGAACAUGUCCGACUAUUCAU